AUGUUCACAACAAAUCUUACCACCGUCUCUCGUCCUCUCAUUCGUUCCACCGUUGCGUCCAGAAGAUUCGUUCAACAUCUCUCAACCCCCUCGAUCCUCGACACAUGGGCUCGAUAUCCCGCAGCUAGGCUUAUCACCUAUGACCUUUUGAAGCCUAUGAUUAUGAAUCCCCGACCCAAUACAUUCCUCAUUGACGUCCGUGGUCCUGACGAAGUCGAACAAGGAAUGAUACCCUCUGCUACUCAUAUCCCCAUCGCCCACCUUGAAGAAUCAUUGAAGUAUAGCCUGCAGGAUUUCCAACAGAAAUAUGGAAUCCCAAAGCCAGAGAAAGACCAAGAAGUUGUAUUUUACUGCAAGAAAGGGCUGAGGUCUACCAUGGCGAGUGAGAUAGCUGUUCGGGCAGGAUAUACGAAUGUCGUCAACUACAAAGGUUCAUGGCUCGAGUGGGCAGAGAAGGAAAAAAUAGCGCAGUAA